AUGGUUGAGCACGCUUUAGUGAGGAAGGGGCUGAUGUGCGAGCACGCUGCUUGCCGCCACCUUCCAAGGCAUAAACCAAGAAUUCUCAACUUCAGUACUGCUUCGUAUUUUCUUCUGUUGUUCUGGGCUACUCAAAGGAACGUCGAACAUAUCCGGCUACUGUGGUGGUGUCCAGCCAAAGGCUCGAAUGGUUGUUUUCCCGGAAUGCAAGGCUUUAUACUAGCGCAGGCGACGCUGCAGUUGGAGACAUCUUCAAUUCUGCUGGGGAAACCUAUUAGUAUAGCCCGCCGGAAGCGUGCAUUUGAACGGAGCACCUACGAAGAGGUGUUGAACCGGAACGGCGUCCGUCAGGUGGAGCCUCUUUUCACCCAUCAGCGUGGUGAUGGGAGCUUCCAGCUCCUGUACAACACGUGUCCGGAAUCGGACGCCCAUCUUGACGGCGCGUCAUUUGAAAGUCCUCCUUUCUAUGGAUGCAUUGGUCGUCUCGUCUCUUUUUCCUCAGAAGGGAAACAAAUUGGUGGAGAAACAACUCUAGAUUUUAGAGGUCUGUUGGCUGAAGCUAGAAUCGUGGGUUACUGGAACCCUCUGAAGGAGCCUGUGAACGGCGUUCAUAGUCUCCAUGACGCCAUCUUCGCUGUGUGGGCUCAGAGGUGCCGUACAGUCGAUUCCACUUGCGAGUGCACAGAAGCAAAGUGCCGUGUAUCACUCGAAACGUCCACAGCGAAGUCAGCCUAUCUCCUGUUCACCAACCAAACAAUAUUUGAGACAUACAAAGGAGACCGUUUGUGCGUAGACCACCAGACUGAUAAAACCGCACUUAAUAAGAACUCUUCAGCAAAAUUCACGUUCUGGCUUGUGGAACACACUGGAUGGGUGUGUGGAAGAGCGGAUAUGCACGGUUCUUACCUGGAGUUCGAUGAGCAGCAUCCAAACGGCAUACGAGUGGGGAGUGUGUUCGCAGUGCGGCUAAUAGACUCAGAUGUUGAAAAAUUCGAGGUCAUCAGACCAGUAUGGACUGGAGCUAGACUCGAUUACAGUUUUGGUUUCAAUGCUCUUCUGGGAGGGCCAGCAAAGCAAAUAGACCCUGUCGGUGCAACUGAGAAAGACACUCACUACGCUUUCACUAUACGAGCAAGAUCCUUCGACGUGGUAAAAGGCGUCAGCGAGUCACGGUGCUUCGGGGUCAUUCUCGAUUCAAAUUUCCAGGAGACGUCGCGUACAUCCGAUGAGAUUUUUCCAUGCAAGCCAUGCGUCUAUGCAGCAUUUGUACUGCAUCCACAAUAUCAGGAGCUGAUGGCAGUCUGCAAGGGUACGACAGAGGAAUUGUCAGGGAUUUACGUAGACGGAAAAAGGCUUUCUAGGACCCAAAGGAGUGUUUUGUCUCUUCCUCCAACCGAGAUGAGCGUGCCAGUUUUUGUGCCAGACGAUUUCCGUGCAUGGAAGGUUUUUUGGAAAGAUGUGACAGAAGUUGCUGGAGAAACACGGGUGACCCUUAAUCUCGGCGAGUGGAAUCAACAGCUGCAACUUUAUUUCGAGAAUCUUGCUCCGGUUGAGGGGAUUAAGGCCACGGGUGUGGACCUCAUUUUUGCAUCAUUCUUCGGUGAAGACAGUCUUCUCGUUGGAUACCAGGACAGCAUGCAGCGUUCUACUUUCCUCAUGGAAUGCUCAUCGAACGGUACCCGUGUACCAGGCAACUCCUUGAAGGUUCUCCGAACUGCAGAAGCCAGCCUGUUACCCCCAGCACCUGGAGCUUUCAUCACGCGUCCCGCUGCUUCUGGAGAAGUCUUUUGGUAUUCUCUCUGGACGGAAGACCGGCUGGGUCACGAUGCUCAAGAUUCGUUUUUGCCCAUCGCCGACAGCACACGAGAAAUUCGUUUAGUUAAAGCAACAGGAUCGCGGAAAAACGCUGGACCCUGUAAGGGCGGGUGA